AUGUCGUAUUGCCUGGCACCGAUCAUUGACAGGUCUUUGAUUGGGAAUCUGCCAGUUACCACACAUGGGGCUACUGUCGUUGAUGCCGUUGUGGUGGUGGAGGUCGUUGAGACUGUCGAUGGUGUUGAUGCUGUUGAUGGCGUUGAGGCUGUCGAUGGUGUUGAUGCUGUUGAUGGCGUUGAGGCUGUCGAUGGUGUUGAUGCUGUUGAUGGCGUUGAGGCUGUCGAUGGUGUUGAUGCUGUUGAUGGCGUUGAGGCUGUCGAUGGUGUUGAUGCUGUUGAUGGCGUUGAGGCUGUCGAUGGUGUUGAUGCUGUUGAUGGCGUUGAGGCUGUCGAUGGUGUUGAUGCUGUUGAUGGCGUUGAGGCUGUCGAUGGUGUUGAUGCUGUUGAUGGCGUUGAGGCUGUCGAUGGUGUUGAUGCUGUUGAUGGCGUUGAGGCUGUCGAUGGUGUUGAUGCUGUUGAUGGCGUUGAGGCUGUCGAUGGUGUUGAUGCUGUUGAUGGCGUUGAGGCUGUCGAUGGUGUUGAUGCUGUUGAUGGCGUUGAGGCUGUCGAUGGUGUUGAUGCUGUUGAUGGCGUUGAGGCUGUCGAUGGUGUUGAUGCUGUUGAUGGCGUUGAGGCUGUCGAUGGUGUUGAUGCUGUUGAUGGCGUUGAGGCUGUCGAUGGUGUUGAUGCUGUUGAUGGCGUUGAGGCUGUCGAUGGUGUUGAUGCUGUUGAUGGCGUUGAGGCUGUCGAUGGUGUUGAUGUCGACGAAGCUCCAGAUGAAGCUCCCGAUGGUGUCGAUUCCGAUGAAGCUCCCGAUGAAGCUCCCGACGAAGCUCCCGAUGAAGCUCCUGACGGUGUCGAUGCCGAUGAAGCUCCCGAUGAAGCUCCCGAUGGUGUAGAUGCCGACGAAGCUCCAGAUGAAGCUCCUGACGGUGUCAAUGCCGAUGAAGCUCCCGAUGGUGUCGAUUCCGACGAAGCUCCCGACGAAGCUGGUGUUGAUUCUGCUGAUGGCGUUGUUCCCGUUUGA